AUGCGUCUAUCCAAAUGGCGAACACUUCUCCUCACCCUACCAAUCACCUUUGCCCUCCCAACCCCCACAAUACUAGACGCCCGCAACGACCACCUCGCCUGUGACCGUGACGGUUACAAUUGCCACAACAUCCACGGCUGCGACAACAUUCCCGACACGCCCGCCGGAACCGGCCCCUCUCCAUCCCCCUCAGUCGCAAGCGCCCGCCGCCGCGCUCUCCCCAACACGCUCUUCCAAUCCCCCGUCCUCCCCUUCCCCGCCGCGCUUCAAACCCACGCCAAACGCCAACAAACCUCCACCUUCAACCUCCCCCACCCAGACACCUACUGCGCGCCCGCGUCCGCCAUCUACGUCGACAUAACCUCCACCGACGGCGCCUCCUCAACCUCCAAAUCCCACAUCUCCCAACUCAUGGACGAAGCCAUCUCGGAACUGACCACCUACAUCGCCCUCAACAUCGCCAACGUCUCCGCCGCAACAGUCCCGCAACCCAACGGCACCCUCCCCCUCCCUGUCGCAGCAGUGCCCGGCGUGAUCGUCCCCGCCACCACCCCCGCCACCGCUGACCCGAACACCGUGCCCGUCACCAGCAUCCAGAGUCAACUACCCGCCGGCAUUUUAGCCGCCAGCACCAACGUGGGCAGCGGGACGAGCACGGGCUCGCUGUUUCAUCUGCAGCCCGCGGGGUUUAGCGACAGGCUGGAUGUUUUUGAGGGCACGGCUGGAGGCUUGACGUUCGGGGUUUUGAGCACGGCGUUGGGGUUGGUGAAGGAGUGGGCGGCGGAUCAGGGGCAUGCGUGGGCGUAUUUGAGUGUGCAGAUUUAUGAGGGGGUGGGGGUGCAGAGGGGACGGGUGGUGUUGAAUUAG